UCAAAAUAAAGGGGACAUGCUCACAACAACGGUCAACCGAGCAUAAAACAUCAUCACUGUGUUGCUGCCUACUGCAAUAAACCUCCCGAAUUUUGUGUUAUAAAAUCUUCCCACCGUUUCAAACCCCAAAAACGGACAACAAUCAAACGUGUGCAUCAUUCAAUAAGUGUGUGUGUGUGUGUGAUUGUAAAACAGACACGGAACAAUUGCAUUCAGCGUACGACGAAUAUGCGCCGCAACAUUGCAGCGGGGCUGAUGUUGGAUGGCGUGACGUCACACGGGUGGUUAGCAAUCGUACGAUGCUAAACGGUGGCCUCUGAUUGGUCGAGACGGUAUGAUCUGAUGUUUUGCGCCGAGAUCGGGCACAACGUCAACAACAGCAGCCACCACACGCAGGAAAAGGUGUUUUUUUCGUCAUCGAAGCAGCACGUCGAAAGUUUCUUCACAUUCUGAUACGUUUACUAGUGGGAGUAAUUUAUUUAUUGUAUUAGUAAAAUAAAAAGAAGCGUAAGAGGAAAGGCGAAAACAAUGGAUCAAGACCGCGGGUGGAAUGAUCCGUUCCAACCGCCGCCCGGGUUAUUCUUCUCGAACGGUAACUUCGAGGAGGAAGACAUCGGCAUGAACGAUAUCAGCGAUAUUGGCGACAUCACCGAUAUCUAUCAAAUGAACGAGGAAAAGCUACUCAACAUUAUGGGUGAAGAUUUCCUCACCAACUUUGGCUGGGAGGAAACGCUCGGUGAUCCGUCCGCUGCGGCCAACGCACUCCCAGCGGCAAACGGGUCGAGCGUCACGAUCAAGGAGGAAUGUCUCGCACAGGAAGCAUCGCCCGGCCCUUCGAAAGGCGAGCCGAUGUUUCAAGCGUCGGCCGGUGCGACCCCGAAGGAACCGGUACUGCUUGCACCGAAACCAACCACGCCGAGCAGUGUUCCGUUGCUGUCGCCCAAGGAGGAAAAGAAGCUGGUGAUGUGUGCGCCAGCGAUGCUACAAUCGAUGCAUCCUGCGUCCACCGCAGCAUCCCAGCCCCACGUACAACACGUCCCCCAGAUACAUCUGCAGGCGGGGAACCAUCUCGUGGCGCGCUCUGUAAUACUUGCCCCGAACCGCAACACCGUCACCUCGUCGGCUGCUCCAUCAACCGACACACCCACCACCCAAACUACUUUCCUGUUGCAGAACGCCCGCACACCGGCCGUCACACAAACCUACACGAAGAAGAUCGCUCCGGCACCAACGGGUGUUGGUGUGUCGGUUGCCCCACAACCCACUGCUACCCAACCACAGCCAGCACCGACCACCGCCAACCUAAUGCCCAGCAUCACGAACGUACGCGUGCAGAACCUGAUGCCGCAACUGAUCACGCUGCAAACGGUGGACAAGCAGUCCGUGUUCCUGCCGGCCAACACGCCACUGAUCUACACGAACGGGAACGUUCAUUCGAUUGCGACCACGGCACCGGCCGCUAGUAUGGUGACGGUGAAACCCAACCCGAACCUGCACACGCUCGUUAACACCCCGAACGGACCGAUCCUAGCCGCGGGCAUCCCGGUCGUGCUGGAUGCACCGGCCCAACAGCAACCACCACAGCAGCAACCCCAGCCACAGCUCGCACCGGACGUACAGCCAAAGGUACAGCUAAGCCGACUGCCACCGUCCGGCGGUGUGCCGAAGGUGAAGGAGGUGAAACGUUCCGCGCACAACGCGAUCGAACGCCGGUACCGUACCUCCAUUAACAGCUGUAUCGUCGAGCUGAAAAACAUCGUUGUGGGGGUCGAUGCGAAGCUCAACAAAUCGGCCAUCCUUCGGAAAGCGAUCGACCACAUCCGGCAUCUGCAGAAGCAAAACAAUCUGCUGAAGCAGGAAAAUAUGGCGUACAAGAUGCGGUUGGCGGAUCAGAAACAUUCGCUGAAGGAUCUGCUGGUCGGACAGCAGCACCUGGCGGAUGAGAUGAUGGUCGGUCCGAUAACGCCGCCGCGUAGCGAUGAAUCGAAUCCGGCUUCGUCGCCGGCCCAUUCGGACAGCUCGAUGCCGGGAUCACCGUUUACCGGAUCUGGGUCGCUUUCGAGCGCUGGCGGCGACGAUCUGCUGGACGACGAGAUGCUGUCCGGGCUGGGUGGUAUGUCAUCGAACGCGCGGCUAACGAUUUGUAUGUUUAUGCUGGCCGUUCUGGUGGUGAAUCCGUUCGGCAGUUUGCUAUCGCUGGCGUCAAGCGAACAGCCCGAAGAACUUGGCACAACGCGACGCAUACUGGCGGUCGAGGAAUCGUUGUCCUGGUCCCGACUGUCCUCUACGCUGCUGCUCGCACUGGUCAACUUUAUGUUUCUGGCGUUCUGUCUCGUGCGCAUGCUAGUGUACGGUGAUCCGAUACUGCUGCCCAGGUCCCGGGCAUCCACCGACUACUGGAAGCACAAGCGUCAGUCGGAUGUGGAGUUCCGUCGGGGCAAUGCGGACGCCUCGUACCGCGAGGCGAAGCUGUGCCUGCAAUCGUUCGGCCUAUCGCUCCCGUCGACACGGUUCGAGCGAGUAUCGACCACGGCCUGGCAGUUUGUGCGGAUGUUUUUCCACCGGCUGUACAUAGGCCGUUGGUUAUCGCGCCGCACUGGCGGGUUGUUUAAGCCGGAAGGUGAGCGUAUGCAUGCGUUACACUCGGCACGGGAAUUGGCAUUGCUGUACCAUCGCCUAAAUCAGCUGCAUCUCGUCACGAACCGGACGGACGCGAACGGGCUAAUGAUGAGCCUGUGUGCGGUAAAUAUGGCCGAAACGGCUGCAUCCGUCAUUUCGGUGGACGAUACGAUCGAGAUCUAUCUGCUGGCGGCACUGCGCGUUAAGCGAAGCUAUCCACGGCUGCUGCAGUACUACUGCCGGUACUAUCUGGCCCAAGCGAAACAACUGGCAAGCGAUCAUACGAGCCGACGGUUCCGGUGGCUUUUCACACCGUACGGAUUCCGCUUCCUGACGACCAACCGGUUCCGGUACGGGGAACGUACCGACGGUUCGACCGCCCUGUUCACAACCCUCUGCAACAGUGCCGAUCCGAUCGAGUACGUGAUGCGUGAGUAUCGGCUGAAUCUGCUCCAACAAGCACUUCAACUGUUGGUGGGAUCUGGCCACGAGCGUACGGUACGUGACGGUGCAUCGAACGGUACGGGUUCCCCUGGGAAAGGAAACACCGGAACGGCCGGUGUCUUAAUCAACGGAAAGGACACGAAAGAAGACCAUCACGGCAGCAAAUCGAGCGAGGUGGCGGACCUCUCUUCGACCGGCAGUGGCGUCAGUGGAGACAUCCUCUACUUCACCGAGCUGCUGCAGGAUACGUUUGGGCUGGAAAAACCGGUCCCGUUCGAUGGGUCGUGCAGCGUGCACGGGCCGGAGUGUUGCUACGAUGAGCUCGCCCACUGGUGGUGUAAUUUGCUGCGCGUGGCUGGAUUUUGGCUGCUCGGCGAGGAUGAGCUGGCGGAAGCGAUGUACGUGCAGGUGGAAACGGUACCAGCCGCGUUGCACCAAACGGAGGAUCCACUGCCGCGUGCGUUGCUGCUGGCGUUCCACGCCAAGCGUGGCCUGAUCAACAAGACGGAAUCUAGCGUUGAGAUGAUAUUUGCCAACUGCAACGCUAGCAGCCGCUUCCUGGAGGAUAGUCUUACCGGCAACAUCUGCAAAACUCCGAGCCGUUUGAAGCUGUUAUCGCAACUGCUCGCGUGCGACUGGUUGCUGGAAGCGCGGACCGCGCUCUGGGAGAUUGAGAAGGAUACGCGGUACAACCAGCAAACGCACCAGACGGUGCCGGGCAAAAUUUUGGCCGCCUUCCAAACCGACCUGAACCUGCUCCGGCUGGUGACGAGCAAAUUCCCGAAUGCUCAGUCGCGCGUAUUCCUGUACGAAGCCGUCUGCCGGUUGAUGGCUGGUGCCGCACCCGGUCCAACCCAACAGCUGCUCGAUCGCAGCCUGCGGCAGCGUAACUCCCGCUCGUCACUGAUCUGCGGCAAGGAUCGUUCCGCACAGCUCGAAGGUGGCCGUGAACGGGCGGCCGCACUGUACGUCGCCUGUAAACAUCUCCCAGCACCCUGUCUGUCGUCCCCGGGCGAACGCGCUGGCAUGCUGGAGGAGGCGGCCAAAACUCUCGAAAAGAUUGGCGAUAAAAAGCGGCUGCAGCAGUGCUACCAGCUGAUGAAAUCGCUCGGCAGCGGUAGCGUGACGAACUGAGGGAACCCAACUUUUUCAUUUGUCUUAUUUUACGAUCGAUAACAAAUGUUUGCUCCAAGCUCUAUAUGUUAGGAUGAAGAACGGCAGGUGCUAUUUAAUUUUGAAACACACAACUAAAUAUCUACAUCCUUUAAUCGGAAUAGGAUAGGACUCUUUUGCUUAGUGGUUUAAAUGGUUGAUGUGGCUCUCAUCCUGGUUGCUUUUUUUAUGGGAUGGGGGCACAAAGUUGUAACACUGAACUGGAUUUACGUAGGCACCUUAUGAGUUAAGACUUUAUUUCACGCGGCUAGCAGCACACAGCUCAGAUCAGAUUGUACCCACUUGACGCAACACGAUUAAGAUUUUUAAACUAUUAUACAAAGCUUUGUGUGUUUUAUGUAUUUAACGGCUUAAUAAAAUCCGCGUCAUAGAACACGUGAGUAGUAGUA